AUGGCAACAUUAAGCUGUGUUCUCGUGUCCAGGGCUGCAACAAGUUCCGUCAGGCCUACCGACUACUUGGAUUAUCUUAUUUUGGCGGUAGCGUCCGGAUUUUUGGCUUGCCUUGGAGCAAGAUAUACGCAUGUGGAUGAUGGCUGCUGCAAAACCACUGACCUGAUAACCCUGGCUGCCCCACCAACCUAUAUGAAUAUUUUGGAACGUUACCCGAACGGAAGCUACCGACAGCUUACGAGGAGAUUCACGACGACUCUGCCGAAAUAUUGGCAGACUACCAGAUGUCACUGCUGCAAAAUAUAUCACCAAGCGCAAGCUGAUAGAGAUGGGGUGCAGCUAUUAUGUGCGCCUCCGAUUGGAUCGCGCAUGGAAGCUAAUCUCCUAUCCUUACUAUGCGAAGUUGCUCAGCCAGGAGACUCGACCGCAUUCAGAGACAUCGACAUCGAUAUCAACGUUCCUGAACAUCUGCGAAAUGGUUGCACCGAAGCCCAACCGGCCAAUAUAACCAGUUCAAUGGCUAAUGAUAACUAUUUGAUACCAAGGAUGCACAUCCGCAUCGACAAAUGGUGGGCCAGGGCUAGACCUCCAUCUGGCUCCUUGACACCUCUUUUCUCCAACGGCGCUCAUAAUCGCUGGAAUAUCAUGGCUCUCCCUGGAUAUGUACACCGCACCAACGCACAUCUACUACUCUCCACCUCAGCUGUGGCAGGCGAAGCAAGCCGCAUCAUCCAGUCGGACCUGGCCUUCUUCCGCGCAGGGUGCAUGAAUGCACUAAAAAGCCAACCAAUGGCUACGACACUAUAG